AAAACUGGGGUAACCAGGAAGGACAUGAACAAAAUGGCGGUGAGUGGCAAAGGCAGAAAUCACCAGCCCAAAAAUUUUGGAGCCGUCUUCACGAAGAUCCAGGAGGCUCUGGCUCCCCCCAAGCUGAUGGUCGUCGACAAAAAGACCAUCGAAAAAUCAUGGAAAAUGAUGGACAAAGUUGUGAAGCUGUGUCAGCAUUCACGGAUGAAUCUGCGGAACAGUCCGCCGUUCAUUUUGGAUAUUUUACCGGACACCUACCAACAUUUACGGAUGAUCUACUCGAAACACGACGACAAACUGCAGACGUUGAACGAGUGCGAGUAUUUCAGACUGUUCAUCGAGAACUUGAUGAAUAAGUGCAAGAACACGCUCAAACUGUUUCGAGACGGUAGGGAUAAGAUCUUCGACGAGAAUUCGCACUUUCGCCGAAACCUCACAAAACUGUCUCUUGUGUUUUCGCACAUGUUGGCCGAACUCAAAGCUAUUUACCCGACCCCGAGCGGCACUUUUGCAGGAGAAACGUUCAGAAUCACGAAGGGUGAUGCUUCAGAUUGGUGGAAACGAUCUUUUGGUGAAAGAAUCAUUGUUUCGUGGAAGGAUUUCCGCGGCACACUGAAUGAGACGCACCCGAUCAGCUCGCCACUCGAAGCCAUGGCCUUGAAGUCCACCAUAGACCUCACGUGCAACGACUACAUUUCUGUGUUCGAGUUCGAUGUCUUUACUCGUCUGUUUCAACCGUGGAAUAACUUGCUCAGAAACUGGAACGUCCUGGCGGUCACUCACCCGGGCUACGUGGCAUUCCUCACCUACGAUGAAGUCAAAGCGAGGCUUCAGAACUACAUAAGUAAACCGGGAAGCUACGUGUUCCGACUGAGCUGCACAAGACUGGGCCAGUGGGCGAUCGGGUACGUGACGGCCGACAAACAGAUCCUACAGACGAUUCCACAGAACAAGUCACUGUGUCAGGCACUGCUUGACGGACAGAGGGAAGGAUUUUUUCUGUUUCCCGAUGGUCGCAACAUCAACCCUGACCUGAGUUUCCUGGUGGAGGAUUCGCGUGAGGACCACAUCAAGGUGACGGAGGAACAGUACGAACUCUACUGUGAGAUGGGCUCCACCUUCCAGCUGUGUAAAAUCUGUGCCGAGAAUGACAAGGACAUCCGGAUAGAGCCGUGCGGACACCUUCUCUGUACGCCCUGUCUGACACAGUGGCAGGAUUCUGAUGGCCAAGGCUGUCCGUUCUGUCGAUGUGAGAUCAAAGGGACAGAGCAAGUCGUCGUCGAUCCUUUUCACCCCUUAGGGGGUUUCAAGUUCGAGCCAAAACAUUUAGUAAUGCACAUAGAUUUGGAUGACGAAGAUGAUGGAGAACCGCGUACUUUACAUGCUUUAGCUGUUAGUCCCAGGUCAAGAGAUCACAAUUCACCUUUUGAAUCACCACACAUCAACAAGCGUGAAGUCCCUCCCCCAGUCCCUCCGAGAACGACGUCCCCCAUUCAUUCGCCAGCUUCUUCACCAAAGCCACCCAGCAGACGUCAACUGCCGCCAACGCCACCACUGGAAGAUGAUGACGGACAUCUUCAAAAACCAAUGUUACCACAACGCAACGCUGUUACUGCCACUCCUCCUGAUAAAGAUGGACAAAGUGUCUCGUAUGCUGAACUAAGGUACGAUGUACCAAACCACAGUAAGUCGCCUGUGUUCGACACAGAACCAGACUCCCAUUACGACAAACCGUUACCCGGAAUUCACCCCGUGAUCAACACAUCCGUCACAGACAAACACAAUGUACAAGUUGAAGGGGGGACUCUUUUCUCCGUGACAGGAAAUGCAAAACCCUCGCUACACCGUAUACCCAGCGACUACGGCUCAACGACCGUGUGCAAACCAACACCUUCAAUUGCAGAAAUACACACACCCCUAUUAGACAAAGGUGACCAGCCAACACCUGCACGUCGCGAGGGACUGCGCGAGAACCAAGACAUGAAUAAAGAGAAUAACAAAAAACGGAACAGUCUAAAUGAGGAAUACGUAGAAGAACUUAUCAUGCGUGGAUACGACCGCCUCAAGGUCGUGGACGCUUUACGUGUUGCUAAAAAUAACUUAAAAAUGGCAGAAGACAUUUUGGAAACAUUUGUGAAAACGAGUCGAUGAGACAUUUUUCGUGAUACGUGUGCUUAUGAUUAACGCUUGAAUUCUGUUUUAGCUCAGGUGGUGUUUAUCCACUGUGUUGGCUUGUACCGGCGGGAUGUGUUGUCAGCAAUCUAUCCGGCAUUUGUCCGGUAUCUGUUCUUAAUCCGGUGUCUUUCCACAAAUGUUUCCUCCCGACAUGUUCAGCUAAGAUUAUGAGUUUUCAAUCAGGGAUCGAAACAGUAGUAUUUUUUGUCAGACAUUUUUUUUGGUAUUGGGCUGCCAGGGAUUUUAUCCAGGAUAUUCCGCCAGGGUCCGAUGACUGAUGGGAUUGUGAAAAUUAGCGCCAGUAAAUCAUACUAUAGAUAUGUUUUCAGUUCACUGAAUAAUGCCGUACACUGGUAACUGUUAAAUUAAUUUAUUAGAACAGACAUAAUGAAAUAUACAUAACGUGCCUGAACCUCUUUUGGAUAUAGACACGUUAAUACAGUAACAGUAACAGUAAAUAUACAUACUGGGAAUUUUUAGUAAAGAAAUUUGGAAUUUUCAGUGCCAUUUUCUUUUGGGAAGGACUGCUCGGACCCACAGAAUGCCUGGAUAAAUCCAUGUGUGCCAUCUUUAAAAAGGAAAACCUUUGCUGUGACCUUAUUUUUUUUUCAACUUUUUUAUUUUUUUAUUUUAAAAAAUCAUAUAUUUCAUAUUAAAAACAGCAAGACAAUAUAAUAAUGACAUUCUAGCUGACAAAAAAGCCAGAUGGUCUUUACAAGUUUUUUGCAGCAAUUGUUUUUCAAGGUUGGGUAAAUAUUAAUUCAAGUCCUUCAUUUUAUGUCUUAGAUAAAAAUUGCUGGUGAAGUCUUGGUUUGUGUCUGCAAACAGGCGCAAUUAAACAGUUCUGUGAUGAAAACAUGCUAAAACUUACCAACAUCCACACCUUGUGUCAAAUAGAUGGGGUAAUGUGUGAGGAGAUACCUGUAUGAGUUUACUGCCCCCUUUCAUUUCUCUCCUUUGAAUUCCAUCUCAUUUCUUUGCGAUCUGGCAACUCCUAUCUUUCAACUUCUUUCUCUGUCCACCUCCACAUCCCAGUCCUUGUCUUUCCAACUGCGACAGUGUUGGAUGUCGGUUGCAGUUGAUGACAUCAGACCAAGACCAAAUUUUUUAACAUGCACAUUCAGAGCAAGCUGUGGUAGUGCAUGCCUGUCCUGGGCACAAGUGCCGACCUCGACUGGCUCCUCCGUCCAGGACAGGAGAUGACAUAAUAUUUUGAAGGACUUUUUAUGUUUAUUUUUUUUAUAGUUUACCCAAAAAAGGGGGUUGGGGGGAAUAUGUCUGAUAGAAAACACUAUUUGAGAACAAUCAGAAUUUAGUUUUUUUACACAUGACAAAGCAUGUGUUACUUUACACAUGUAUGGAAAAUUUAAUUACCAUACAUGUAGUUAUCAGUGAGAUAUUUAUGACUCUGCUAUUUCUGUAUAAAAGACAUUUUUAUUUUACAGUCAAAUCUCUAUUAAUGAACACAAUCUUUUAAACGACUACCCGUCUCGAACAUAAAGUUUUUUUUACAAAGCCAAAAUGCUCGAUCUACAUUGUAGACAUGUACAAAUUUUGAGCCUUCCUAUUGCAAUUUUAAACCAGUAACAUUUACAACAUAAAAUUAAAAAACAAAAGUUAUCCCUCAAAACAAUGCCAUUGAUUUGUAUUCAGCAGCACAACACAGCUGUUAAUGAAGCCCCUGAUCGAUGGCAAUGGAUACCACAGGAAAUGUUUUAUUUAACGCUCUUGUUGGCCAUGUUAACACCGGUUUGACUAUACGGUAUCGUACCACUUUAAAUAUUUUUUUAUCAUAUGUAUUUUCUAUAAAUAGAAUUAACUUAAAUGAACAGAAUUACUUAACAUACAUGUAGAAAAGAAUGUAACAUGCCAUUAUACUGUUGGCUGAAUUUGUCACUCGCAUGUUGAAUUCUUUUGCCAUAAAUCCAUUUUAUUUUUUACAUGUUGAUAAUUUUGAUGGAAAUUGUAAAUUAAUAUUAUGGUAAUAGUGUACAUAUAUAUAUAUAUAUAUAUAUAUAUAUAUAUAUAUAUAUAGAUAUAAUAUCAUAUAGAAGACUAAUACAGUAUUAAAAAACCCAGUUUCCAUGAGAUUUAAUAUUGACUUUGAAAUGCAUGUCAGCAGCAAAGGGAGGUAAUGUAUGUUUGUGAGCCAAUAUUCAGGUUAUUUGAAUUUUACUUAAAUAUAUUUUAAUUUAUCAUAAAUUUGCCAAAAAUAAUGAUUCUAAAAAUAGGUGUCUUUUAAUAAUCAUUUAUUUCCUUUAAGUUUUGUUUGUCAAAGAUCAGGUGAAUUUAGUUUCAUAUUUCAAACAAAUCUUGUGAUUUUUCAUUCACACAUUAAAUCAGCCCAAUAUUUACACGGUCAGAAAUGGGUUUCACAAAAAAAAAAAAAUAUAUGUAGGUUGGGGGGGGGGGGGAGAGUCUGUGUCUGGUCGGACCAAAGUUCCAAAAUUGAUUCAGCUUUUCUUUUUCUUUUCUUUUUUUUUCUUUUUUUUUAAAGGGACAGACCCUAGUUUCCGCCCAGGAAAAUGCACACACUAAGUUUAGACAUUUGGAUAACGUUACAAUGGAGUAAAACAUGAGUCUCUUGACUUUGAAAUGGUCAAAUACCCUGUAAAAAUAGACUAAAACUCGACUCCAUAACUGUUACUUCUUAAUUAGACGCACGUGUG